AUGAGGUUCUGCGCACUCCUUCUGGCCGGCAUUAGCCUGAGCACGGCUGCGCUUCUUAAUACGCGUCAAGUGCAGAACUGCAGCGGCCGACCCGAGUUUUGCGAUCGCAAAUACUCUAAUGUAUCCCUCAUCGGAGCUCACGACUCGGGGUUCGUCGGACCCAUUCUCGAUCCCCGAGUCAAUCAGGAACUCAAUGUCAAAGCGCAACUCGAUGCCGGCAUCCGCUGGCUGGAGAUUCAAGUCCACGUACUCAAUGGGGUUCUGUCGCUCUGCCAUACCAGCUGUCUGGAGCUAUACGCUGGGAGCCUGGCCAAGUACUUGUCUGAUGUCAAGACCUGGCUCGAUAGUCAUCCGAACGAUGUCGUGAGCAUGAUUUUAGCAAACGCCGAUCGUUCCAAUGUCACUCAGUACGACGCUGUCUUCAAUGCUACGGGCCUCAAGAAGUACGCGUUCAUUCCAGAAACAUCGCCGCAGCCUUUGAGCCUCGACCAGUGGCCUACAUACAGAAGUCUCAUUGCUGCGGGAACCCGAGCUGUUGUAUUUAUGGACUAUCGCGCGGACGAACCGAAGGUCCCAUAUAUUCUGGACGAGUUCAAGUAUUAUUCCGAGACACCCUACGAUACAACAGAUCCGAACUUUGCGCAGUGUACGAUCGACAGAGCGGCCACUACCGGCGUCAGCAACAGCAUGUACAUUAUGAACCACUUCCUCGACACAAAUGUCGCUGGCACUGGUAUUCUGAUUCCCGACAAUGUUCGCGAUUUCCAGACCAACAAUGCCACUGGUAAUGGAAGUAUCGGUGCACAGGCAGAUCUGUGUGUGUCUUUGUAUAAUCGACCACCUAAUGUGGUGUUUGUCGACUUCUUCAAUAGGGGCGAUGUUUUCAGAGCCCAGGACAAUCUCAACGGUAUCAAGCGGGCUUAA